GCAAAGAGUUUAUAUGACGUUCUUCGCAUUCCUACCGUUCCGCAGCCGAACGUUAUACAGCUCGUAUCGUCACAUAAUGAAUACCAAUCUAAAGCAUCUAUAGAACACCCAUAGAAGUCACACGGGAAAGCUAACAAGCUUGGAUAGGGCACUGGAUCAAUUAUGAAAGAAUCAUCUUAAGUGAGCCAGAUGCCAUCUCAAGUAUUCCCUCCAGCCUCUUCAGUAGUUCCAGCUAACUAAAUUAUCGACGCACAAAAUGGCGUCCCUGACUUUAACGCCGUCGGAAAAUCCGUUUUUAGUCACAACCCCGCCUACGAACGUCGAACCGACGUCGCUUCCGCCACCAUCGAGCUCGUUCUCGUGCCCACCAUGGGAGACGGCACAGAGCAUCGUUUUCCAACUGGCGUCAGUCGUUCUCCUUAUCGCUUUCGCCGCACCUUCUACGAACGGCACAGCGAAGUUGGUGACGCACACUCUGUUUGUAGUGGGUUUCGUCAUCAUGGCCGCGUGGGCGUGGCAUUACAUCUGCGCGCAUGACAUUUUUGGCUGGUGCCUUGUUUUCGCUGCUCUCAAUCUAUGUCACACGAUCUAUCUCUCCUGGACUAUGCGACCGGUGAACCUCACCCCGGAGCAGCGAGAACUCUACAACAAAGUGUUCAAAUCCUUUAAAGUGCCAAGACAUGUCUUCAAGAAACUAUGCUAUUAUGGAAAAAUCACCUCACUUAAAAUUGGAGAACAUUAUUCAGAAGAGGGCAAAUCGCAGUGCGUUCGCCUGUCAAUGCUUUUAAUGGGAAAAGUAAAGGUCUUCUGUGAAGGGGAGUUCUUACAUCAUAUUGUAGAAAGACAGUUCUUAGAUUCACCCGAGUGGGACUCCAGUGAGAAGAGUGAAAAAGCAGAACUUUUUCAGGUGACCCUGACGGCUUCCACCUACUGCCGAUACAUAACCUGGCACCGUGAUCAACUACACGACUUCCUCGAGAACGAACCCUACCUGAAGCAGGUCUUCACUAACCUCAUCGGAAGCGACAUCAGCAAGAAGCUCUUUAUGUUGACUGAGCGAAACCUCAACCAAAAGGGAGGGCGUGCAGAUAUAAGGCUGCCCAGUGCAGGCAGACGUCCGGCCAAUAACUACGACAUGUCGGGCCACCUAGCUGCGGGCACACGUGGGGCCUGUGGUACUGGGAUCCCGGUGAUCCACAGGACCAGUGCUGGAGAUGACCGCCCCAGUGGUCGAUCGGGAAUAUAACAAUGAUGACGUCUUCAUCAACUUCAAACUUGGUGCUUUUGACUAUCGAGAGUGAUAUAGAUUCGAUGCUGGACAUCAGUCACAUGCAUGGGAGCCUGCUGGACACCCGGAAGAAUUCUUCAACAUGUGUCAUCCAGUGCCAGGACUUUUAAAGAGGUUAUGACUUUACAUUGACCAGGAGGAAAAUGAAACAUCGACUGUUCUGAAGUAGGAUGUUCGUCGAAGUGUCAACAUUAGAGAGUUUUCACUCACACGACGGAUUUGGGAACAUAGAAAAUGUGUUGACAAGUGCACUUCAUGACAAUGAGGUCUUUGUCGAAAGUUGGUGAAUCCAAACAGCAGUUUCGUCCUGGACACUGGACAAACGACAUAUUUGCAAUUUCGUCAGCUCCGAAACGUAGGACGAUCUGCUGCUCCGGUUCACCAAUUCUUGACAAAAAGCCUUUCAUUGUGAUUUGACUUGCAUUUUCAACACUUAUACCGUGUUCAUGAAUCGUUCUGCAAGGCGGUGCGAAAACUCGCUAUUAUAUUAAGACGACCCACGAUGCAACAGAAGAAAGAAAAUACAUUGGAAAUAUACCUGGGCAAUGGUAUAAUCAAUAUGAUCAAGGAGGCGUGACUUAUUUCAUGUAUUGUGAAUAUGACAAAUGUUUUGGCCGAACUCUUCAGCCAUGACAUCGAAAUCUUGAAGGAUCUCAUUUUCCCACAAUUUCACAUGUACCUCUGAACUUGAUUGGUCAUCGCCAAAAAGCAAAUGGUCACCAACAUUUGUGUUACGGAGCCCAGGUAAAAAGAAAAUAAAAAGAACGAAUUCCCAGUAUUUAAGGAUCAGAAAUGUACCAUCCUUUUCCUUGGCUGCAUUUAGCAAGUUACAAACCUUCGAAUCUGAUUCCCCGAUUCCUGGGAAAAGUUCUCGGAUACCGAAUAAAAGAUCCGUUCUUUUGCUCUUUAAUUUUAUACAGUGUCCUUAGCAAGAAUUACCCUUUUUUCCUGGGCUGUACUUCUGUAGAAUAGAUGUGAAUGCACACCUUGCUCACUAACAAUGUAGUUGUCAAUGUAGGCCUUCAGCCCGAAUCGUUAACAUUUGUAAUGAAUUCGGCUUUGUAAUUAUCUUUUCAUUCUUUCUCAAAAUAAGGUGAUGUUUUUAAGAUUCUUUGAGUAAUAAUUGUACGACACCCAUCCAAUAUCUGGCCAUGCAAUCCAUUAACAGAUAGUUAUUAACACAUUAUUUUCAGUUAUCAUUUUGAGGUGAAUGUGUGUUGUGAUACAUAUGGUAAAGCACAAUCGUAAUGAAAUACAAAUGAUUUUAGUAGUCAGAAGAGUGGAGUUGCUUUAUUAGUAAUGCAUGUACACACACAAAAGAAAAUCCAUGGUCAUUCGUUAUUAAUGUUCACAUUCCACAAUUUUCUGUAGAUACGUGGAAAACGAGCAUAAUAAAUCAUAAAAUGUUAUAUUGUGGUGAUUAAGUUCAUUCCAUUCAGAUCCAGCUUCUUACGGAUCAAAAAUACACAUGGCAUGUAAGAAUUAAUUUCCACGUGAAAUUACUCAUAACAUAAUGAUGUAUUUUUAAACACCAACUAAAAUUUUAUUUUGUUGUAUAAAUUUUCUCAUAAGCAUCGUCAGCCUUGCCGAUAGAGUAGGCAGGUGCACAAGAGUAAUUAUUUUAUAUCUCCUAUAACGUAACAUAUUUGAUGAAUGAUGACAAAGGUGAGAUUUAAAGGUAUACCCAUGUUAUCCAUUAAUUGGAUUGCUGAAAUUGACUGUAGUAACAAUACUUACCAGUUUCCAAAUUUCUUUACAUUUACAUAAACGGUAACAUAUAUAAAUGAAAACAUCUUUAGAGUUUCAAAGGCCGUGGAAGUGGGGGCUGGUGGAGAGUUGGGUGCAUUAUUUUGUUCGUACAUGUGAAGAAAAAAACCCGUCAAAAUUGCCCACUUUUAUUAACGGUCCUCCCUCACUAAUAUCCCGCGGAAUUUUUUGAGCCACAAUGGUAGAUAAGAGGGGAGGGGCAACCGACCAUAAUGAUGAAAAAAAAGGAUAUAAAAGGGGAUGAUAAAAAUCGAGAGGAAAAUUUAAAGAAUGGGAAAAGAGAUGACUUGUUAGUUUAAGUUUCACUUACCCAUAUCUUUCAUUUUUAUAUCAAACUCAUAUUUCGGAUUUCUACUCUUGAUCAGAAUUCUCGGAAACCGCCCCUGAUACGCCCCUUCUUCGUAUAAAUAGAUACAUAUUGUCAGGGUCACAUUCACGUCACAGUCGGAUGCAGUGUUCGUCUCGACAGCGACAGGUGCUAGCAUUUCCGAAAAACCUAAUUAUAGAAAGAAAUAUGUUUUGAUUAUUGAAUGUCAAUUCAUUCAAUGUGAAAAUGCUAACAGCGUAUGAAUGUGAAGUAACAAUGAUAUCAAAUGUGUACGUGUU